CUUGCGUCGGCGUCGCUCUUUCUUAUCAUUGUUCUUAUUAGCUUCCCCUCUUUCUCUCUUCCCUUCUCGAUGCUUUCUAGCCUCUGCGACGAACCACCCGGUCUCUGACUAUUCUCACCUUUCCUCCUCUUCCCCUCUCGACUCCGGACUAUUGACCGCCCAGACCGUGGCACCGUUAGCUCCAUACUGUGUGCGUCUGUUGAUAUUUGGGGCUGUCUGCCGGCGAGCAGGCUGAGGAGGGCCCUGCCUAGCUUCUGGCUACUAUACACAUCACGCCUCCGUAUGAUACUACCGACUGUGCUGCCCUUCGAUGAACCGAUCCUUUGUCCCUAGCAUUGGUCGAAAUGGCAGCUACGAUGGGACUGGGCUUAUUGCCCAUGAUCAAAUGCUCCAAUUGUGGCAUUGACGUUGAGAUCUCGGCCAUGGGAGAUCAUGUCUGUGCGAAAACAGAGCCAGCUGCCCCCCCGCCGCCCUCAAACUCCGACUAUGAUACCCUGCCGAGAAACACAGGGCGAACGGGUCCUCCUGCUCCCAUCAACCCUUCGGUUGCCAGUAUGUUGCCUGGGAACCUGCUUGACCGCAAUUGAUAUGCCUAACACGUUCAGACCGACCCUUUCUGCGGCCGGACAAUGCCAUCGGUGUCAACGAACCGGCCGGCCUCUCCUCGCAACCCUCCCCGCUGCGACUGGUUCAGCAGAGCCAAACAGCCGUUCCAAUUCAACCACACACCUCAGAGAUUGUUACCGUCGGCUCGGAUGACCUGCCUCGCUUUCCGCUACCGCGUUCCAUGUCGGACAAAGAGUCCGGUGCCAUGACCCCCCUGCCCGAUGCGACCUCGUUCCCUCCGAUUCCCUCCCAUCCACAUACCAACGGCAACAACAGGCCUCCGGCGACGGCUCCCCUUUCGAUAGACCCGAAUGAUGAUGCUCCGCCGCCGCCGUUGCCCAAGGAUGAGCCGACGUCUCUGCCGAGAAUUGCGCACAAGUAUGGGAGCUCGAUCGAUAGCAAGAGUAGCUACCGGACUUCAUUCGCAAGCUCUCGAUAUGGCGACGGCAGCUCGAAGCGAUCGACCGCAAUGUCGGGUCGACGGCCGUCUUUCGGGAGUGUUAACCAGCCAUACAAGUACCUGGACGACGACGCGCCCCCCGUCCCUUCUCUGCACCACACGUCAUAUUCCGUGUCGGACUACAACAUGUCGCGUGAGUCCAGGAAUGAUCGACAGGAGGAUGGUGGGAGCUUCACAUUGGGAGGCUGGCAUCAGACGAAUUUGCAAACCGACAACCAGCAGUCAAACUCAGGUACCCUGCGGGUAUCAUCGCACACCGAUUCGGACCGUCUCAGCAGCAACCGAGGAUCUGCCGAGCUGUUCUUCCGGAGCCCGUCACAAACGUCGUUUGAACGCUUACCUGACCCUCCUGAGUACCCUGAGCGUUCUACCUCCAUCAACCCCCCGACUAAGGUCGAGUACAAGCCGUUCAAAUCCCCUACCACUGGCACCUACUUGCAUCCCUCGACCCCGGACGUCGAUAGUCAGGGCUAUGACGACGUGCAGAGGAAACCGUCUGACGCUACCAGCGAAGGAGCCCUCUCUGUAUCCAACUUUGCUCGUUCCUUGGGGUUGGAUAUGCCCGAACAGGCACCAGAGCACUCGACGGUAUCUUCGGAAUCGUCGCCGUCGGAUCUGCGGAGCGGAACCUCCUUUUCCAGCGUCGCGUCGGAAGCCAGCACGCGACGAAAGCCUUCGGAACAAGCUCGACUGGGACCCGUCAUUGAGGAGCGACGAAUUGACACGCGCCAGCAGUACGGUCUGCAUACCGGUGAUCAGACCGAAAGUCCGAUUGACCUCGAGCCGCCUCAACUUCGGGACCCUCUUUUCAGUCCUGACUCCCCUACCGACCCUGCUAUUCUCUACGGCAGCGUGUCUCUGCUCCCGGAUAAAACCCACAAGGCUCUUCCGGAACUCCCAAGCAAGUUGCGGUCCGCCACAGGGCCCAUGUCUCACACUCAGAACAAGCAGUCACAGGACAAGAACCUCCCGGACUUGCCACGGUCCGCAACGGCACCGCUAUCGCAUACCGCCAACAAAUCCUCGCAGGACAAGAACCUUCCGUCCGUGCCGGCUCUGGCACCACCGAUUCCAGCCUUGGAGGACGAGCCGUCUCGGGGAACGAGGUUCUUCCCCGACCUAGAUGCACCCAUCCCUUCGCCCUCUCACAUUCCCAAGAAGCCGUCAUGGACCGAACGUCUUUCUCCGGAGCGGCUAAGAUCGAAGCCAUCGAUCUCGCACAUCUCCAAAAAGCAGUCGCGCGAAGAGAACAUUGUGCCGGACUUCCGCCGGCCAUCUCCUGAACCGCACCACGUGCCUCAGAGACCGUCGCGGGAGAACGUUCCUGACUUGCGCCAGCCUUCGCCGGAGCCCUCGUACGCCAAGGAGUUGGCACAGGAGAGACCCUAUCCAAACAUCCCCGGAUUCUCGGUCGAGCAGCCAUUCCACAUUUCCAGUAAACCAUCGAAAAAUGAGACGUCCACGCCACCACCAGCGUUCCAUUUUCCACAAAAGCCGUCACAGGACGAAAAACUGCCAGAAAUGCCGAGGCCAUCGCCCGAACCAGCUCACGUUCAGAAUAAGCCGUCCGGGGACAACAAGCUCACUCCAGCAGUGCCGGGAUUCCUGCCGGAAGCGCCUUUCCAUAUCGCCAAGAAGCCUUCCUGGAUUGACAGAUUUACGCCGGAGGUGACGAGAUCGCCAACGCCGCCCUUUUCUCACUCGGCCAAGUCAUCUCAGGACGACCAUUCACCACCGCAACGAUCCAAGUCACCGGCUCCUCCUGUCCAUAUGCAGAACAAGCCAUCUCAGGACGACAAGUACUUGCCACAGCUUCCGAAACUCCCGACUGAACCUUCUCACGCUCCCAAUAAGCUGUCUCAGGACGACAAAUAUCUCCCAGAGCUGCCGCAGCCUCCGUCGGAGCCUCCUCAUGUCUCCAACAAGCCCUCUCAGAGCGAUCGCCUCUCGCCAGAGCUGGCUAAGUCUCCGCCUCCGGCUUCUCACAUACCCGGCAAACCAUCUCAGGAUAACAAAUAUCUGCCGGAAUUGCCUCAGCCAACCCCGGACCCUUCUCCUUCUCACAUUCCCAACAAGCCAUCCCAGAGCGAUCGCCUCUCCCCGGAACUGGCCAGAUCACCGCCACCCUCUCAUUCCAACAAGUUGUCCCAGGAUGACAAGUCUCUUCCUAAGUUGCCAGAGCCGUCCCCCUUGUAUAAGUCAUCCUGGGAUGGCAGACGCUCUCCUGAACCUCCUAAAUCGAAGACUCCGGAACCGGCCCUCAUCCCUCAGAAGCCCAUUCGGGACCCUAGACUCUCUCCAGAACCUCCGCGAUCCGCUCCGCCACCAUCUCACAUCCAUCAGCCAUCACGAAACGAGAGGCCAUUCCCCGAACCGAGAUCAGCAGAGCCACGAUUCGCGCGGGAAGGUUCUAACCUUCACGACCAGCCCUCGCAUGACGAGAAGACCUCGCCCGAGCUUCUGAGCGCUUCCAUCGACCCGGCCGCGCGGUUAUCCCCGCGUCCCAAGGGGCCAUGCCGAGGCUGCGGCGAGGUCAUCCUGGGCAAGUCUGUAUCUUCUGCAGACGGGCGUCUUACGGGCCGUUAUCAUAAAGAAUGUUUCGUUUGCUACCAAUGCCGCAUUCCCUUCCGGACGGCUGAUUUCUAUGUCCUGCGCGACCUGCCAUUCUGCGCUCAGCACUAUCACGAACGCAACGGCUCUCUCUGUCAGGGUUGUCUCACUGGCAUUGAAGGACAAUUUCUGGAGACAAAUGAACGACAAGGCCGUGGACCAGGUGACAAACGGAGAUAUCAUCCCCAGUGUCUGACCUGCCGCACUUGCAAUGUUCUCCUGAACGGAGAAUACUUCGAAUGGAACGGACAGGUGUACUGCGAACGUGACGCUCGCAGGGCUGCUGCGUCGACUCCCCCUCCACGCAUGCGUCGUCCAACCAUGAACUCCUCGCCAUUGGCUGCACACUCUCGAGGACCUUCCCGAGGAUAUCCUCCUCCACCGGGCUAUCCUGGGAGAGGCCGAGGUGGACCUCGUCCACCAAUGCCGAGGAUGCCAGAUAUGCCCGACAUGCCGGAUGUACAGGGGAUGCCAGGACCUGCAUAUCUUGACGGACGUUAUGGGCCACCCCCAACCGCCCGACGUUUCCCAGAACGAAGAACCACCAAAUUAAUGAUGCUAUGAUAAACUAAUCACCGCCUGUAGGGGAGCAUAUGGAUACCCGCAUCCAAUGUCUUCAUUCUGCAGACACAUUCUGAUAUAUACAUUGAUACAUAUAUAUACCCUUCUCUUCGUGUUGAUAGACUUUCCACACAUGGCUCGGUGCUUUUUAGCAGGACCUGAUUGAUGUACAUUGUUCGUUGAUUUGAUGUUUGUUUUUGUGCAUAAUGUGGGUGUUUUUUAUGACGGUGUUCCGGCUGGUUUGGGAUAUAGAUUUUGUCAUUUGCGCGCGGGUGGCAUUAUGUAUGGAUAUUUCACAUGAAUACAAUACUUGGUUAUUAUCUUGGAUCUGUUCUUGAACCAUCGGCGUCAAUUCGCGUGAAAUAAUGCAUCAACCAACAACCACGUCUUUGCAUUUCUCGAAGGCCGCAAUACGGCCGUGUUGUGGUACAGCGAACAGUAACUUUCUACUCAUCCCACAAGAGGGGUGUUACUUACAGAGCUCCCAAAAAGCUAGUGGUCAUGGAAGCCUUUUAGUUGGA